UAUACUUGGUCUGCGUGUUGCAGCAUGGCGGACACAGGGAAAGAGUCUCCUCCGCCUAUUGGCGAAGACGACGAACAAUCGCCAUCCCCUGUGGGACAGCUGACAUCAGAUGAGGUAGAACAUGCAAUAGACUUGUCCGACGAGCCUGAAGAACGCGAAAUAAAGUCAAGUGAAGUGAAGGAAGAAAAAGGCUUGUUUGACAGCGAAGACGAAGCCACAGCCUCCUCCCCCGCUGAGGAGACAAAGGACGAUGUCUUAUCGUCUUAUCCGUCUCAUGAAGCAGAGGAAAAGGGAGCUGCAGCGACAGCGAGUGCUGCCGAAGAGACCGUCCCUGCAGUAUUGGACACUGAGGAUCUGGAAAUAGAAGAUGCGAGUGAUGAAUUUACUUUGGAAAUUGAAGUGAAGGACCCGCAGAAAGUCGGAGACGGGAUGGGUGCAUACAUGACGUACCAAGUAACGACGAAGACCAAUAUUCCUGAUUUCAAGGCACCAAAGACUGUUGUUCGUCGUCGAUUUAGUGACUUCUUGGCUCUUCAUAGCAAACUAGUAGAAAAACCGAAGUAUAUUGGAUUGAUUAUUCCUUCAGCACCAGAGAAAUCUGUAGUUGGAAUGACGAGAGUCAAGUUUGCCAAAGAGGAAUCAACUACUUCUGUUGAUUUUAUUGAGAAGCGUAGGUCAGCACUGGAAAGAUUUCUCAAUCGAAUUGGAAAACAUCGCGUGUUGAGGAAAGACGUCGACUAUAGGGAAUUUCUGGAACAAGAGGAUGGGAUGCCUAAAGCUAAGGGUACUGCUGCUCUCAGUGGAGCUGGCUUUAUGCGUUUGGUCAAGAAUGUUGGUGAAGCUGUAUCCAAGAUGACGUCUAAGAUGGAAGAAUCAGAUCAGUGGUUUGAGGAGAAGCAGCAGCAGCUGGAUAACUUGGAUUCUCAUCUGAAGAGACUACUAGUAAGUGCAGAGACAUUGGCGACUCGUCGGCGAGAACUUGGGAUCAAUUCAUCAGCAUUUGCCAAGUCAUCUGGCCUUCUUGGCAGCUGUGAAGAACAUCAACCUCUUGGUCAUGCAUUGACACAGCUAGCAGAAGUAGAGGAGAAAAUUGACCAACUGCAGCAGGAACAAGCACACAAUGAUUAUUUCAUAUUUGGGGAGCUUUUGCGCGAAUACAUUGGCAUCAUAGCAGGAAUCAAGGUGUGUUUCCAGCAGCGAGUGAAGGCAUUUCAUGUUUGGAACAGUGCACAAGCAACACUACAGAAGAAAAGGGACACAGAGACUAAAGUAAAAGCUAGUGGAAAGAGUGAAAAACUGCCAGACAUAGAAAAGGAGAUAAAGGAUUGGGAGGAAAAAGUUGAAGCAGGCCGUAAAGAAUUUGAGAAGAUUUCAUCAGUUAUCAAGAAAGAAGUUGCUCAAUUUGAGGCUGUUCGAGUUCGAGAAUUUAAAGCUUCUCUUAUCAAGUAUCUGGAAUCCCUUAUGAAUACACAACGUCAGCUGAUCAAUCACUGGGAAACUUUCCUGCCAGAGGCAAAAGCUGUCGUCUGAACUGCUUAGAUCGUGCACGUGGCAACAAACUCUGUGGGUAUGGAAUUGUUUCAUGGUUGUUGGCUGACAUAUCAAGAGACGUUGUUGUUAGUAUGUCGCGUUGAAUAUGUUGCAAAUACAGGGAAUACAUCUUUCUA